ACAUGCCAGCCACCUCUUACUGUAGACCCGCCUCCUCCCCAGCCUCAUGCAUUUUGAGACAGCAUAGUACUCGGUAUCUGCAAGCGCGCGCAAGACACACUCUAAGCUAUCCACUCUCGAACAUUCCUCACAUCAUCGGGAUUCUAACAUUCCUACCCAGACUGCAAGAGCUCCCCACACGUGGUAGUCGAGAACAUUGAAGCGACCCACGUACCGCACCUAAACACCGGCGAACAUUCCUGGGACGGCAACAACGCUCGCGCAGACUCAUCUGAGUGCAUUCCAUCGACCAUCUUACCCGGCCCUCAGGGCGCAGGGUCAACUGUUGCGCAAUAGGCACAUUUUGCAAGGGACACAGAAAACAUGGCGAACCUCAGAUUUGCGGUCAGCAUGCAACGGCUGAUACCGUUUCUCGGUUUCCACCACAUACUCAUGAUCUUGAUAGCCAUCGCUAUCAUCCUACUAUCACUACUACUGGCAGGAUGCUCCUCCACAUCGCCGCUCAUUCCCGGCAUCUUCCUCAUCUCGCUCUGGUACGAGAAGUACACACCCACAUACUCGACCGAGCAAGUCGACCCUGGCGUCACCCAGGCCAUCGCAAACAUUGUCAGUAACGCACAGCUCGGUGUGCGCGUUGGAUACUUUGGCAUUUGCAUCAACCGCGAUGGCGGUGGCUACAUCUGCUCCAACAACGCGACCGCGCUCGUCACCAACUUGUCCAUCGAUCAAGACCCGCUCAAUCUUGUCUGGGUCGCCGCAACCUUCAAGGAUGCCGUCGUUUUCCCCUAUCUCCUCAUUGUCGCCAUCAUUCUCGCCUUUUUCACGUUCAUUCUGCUCGCAACCUUCCCGGGGUGGCACGAGGAGAGGGACCAGAACACAGGCUCUGAUGUCGAUGUCAAGCCGUUCCCAUCGAGGCCCGUGUCUCAGGUCGCUCUUGCGCUCAUCUUCAUCUCGUCGAUCUUCGUCCUCGUCUCCGUACUGUGGCAGCACACAGCAUCUGUCGCUGCAGCAACAAUCGCGCAAGAUCUAGGGAACGGGAGUGUCAAAUCCGGCGUCGGCACCUCAGCCAUGGUAUUAGGAUGGUUUAGCUUCGUACUGCUCAUAAUAGUGACCAUCGGGUUGCUCGUUAUGAUUAUCAGUAUUGUUGUUCUCGACCGCCUGACCGACGACUAAGCGUGUUGCGGUGGCCACCCAUUUUCUACGGAGAAGUAAUGAUAGAGGGACGAUUUUGCCCGCCUUGUAUUUUUCGCCGAGUGUACUUGGCUUUCGACUACAUACCCUUUUUGGCGACGCGACGAUUCUGUUUCCAGAACGAUUUUUGCAUAUUAGGCGUUGGGCGGACUUUUGUUUGGCUUUGGCAUCGCGAGACAAGCGCAGAGUAAGACCAGACGAUGACACGAAUGACGGAAGGGACGCAUUGAUGGGAUGUAUUUAUGUAGUAAACGACAGAACAAGACGGAAAUGUCGUAAAGAUCAAUGAACUUCUCUUCAACU